AACUCUCAGCGAUAAUUCUUUUACUCUAAAAGAAACCCUAAAAGCACAAUUUAAAAAAUCCCUAACCCUAAAAUGAUGGGUUUCUCUCUUCUACUUCUUUCCGUUCAAUCCAAUUCUUUGCCUCUACCAUUGUCAGUUCCUAGCGGGCUUCCUCUCAUGGGAUAUAUGACACCUCUGCAAGGAGUUGUAUCCAUGGAUGGGACUCCUGUGAAAUCUACAACAAUAUCGCCUCCCCAUCUUCUUUUUAACCAGCCUUGGCCAAAAAGGUGUGCAACCCACUGUUAUAUUGCUCGCAAUAUAUUGUGUCACCAACAAAUUGCGAGGAUGAAUUCAUUUUGGCCAACAACAGCAGGUUCUGCAUCACUAUAUGGGGGUAAGCCCAACAAUCUUAAUGUUGUACCCUCCACAGAGUUGCAUGGGAAUGUUCCCGGCAGGGCUGCAAACUCUUCUCAAGACAAAGGGCAUGGUAUUGUCAAGUUUCCAGAACAUAUUGGGAAGGACAAAGCCUAUUAGCCUGCCAUUGUGGAUAAUUCAUCAAGAAAACAAAUUUUGCUUCAGCAAGCUUUACCCCCAGGAGCAGCACCUAGUAAUAUCUCGCAUGGCCCUACAUUCAUAUUCCCGCUGAAUCAACAACAAACAAGUGUUGCGGCAUCUGUUCGGCCUAGAUCUUUGAAGUCUUUUGCCAGUUUCUAGUAAUGGAGCACCCUCCAGUGUCUCCAAUUCAACAACAAAAGCCUAAUACGGUAAGGUUGUUGCUUCGAUGACCACGAGGACGAUGAAGCUGCAGAGCGUUUUAGGGUUAGGGAUUUCUGAAAUUGUGUUUUUAGGGUUUCUUUCAGAGUAAAAAAAAAAUACCACGAAGGUUAAAAAUUACAAACUGUUUCACAUUAUGAAAAUAAACUGGGGGACCAAAAAUACAAUUUUGUAGGAUCCAUUCAAAAACGCAUUAUUAUAAUCUUCCUCGACAUAAACAACACCUAAUCUCGAGGGACAUCUAUAAUUUUAAUA